AUGGAGCCAAGGAGCAAUUUUGAAGAUUUGAUAACUUUCAUCAAGAGUUCUCAUAGAGAGCACACAGCCUUGAUUGAUGAGAGAUUGGACUCUAUUAAGAGAGAAGAAGGUGUGCUACCAGGAAAAGUGGAAAUCAAUCCAAGGAGAGCAGCUGUAGCAGCUAUCACUCUUAGGAAUGGAAAAGGGUAUGAGCCACCAGCAUACCCAGAUCAAGAGGAAGCAAAGCCGCCAAUCAAGAAGAAACCAAUGGAGUAUGUCAUAUUGGAGAUGGGACUGAACCACCUAAGAAGUCCAUGUCAGAAUAGAACCAGGAACUCAGGAGGAAGUGGAGAAGCCACCUGA